CUUUUUCCUGAAGCAAAAUUGCAAGGUCAUGUCUUUAGACCUUUCUUGGGGUUUAUUGGAUGACGCAUUUACACAACAAAUAUUGACAAAGUUAAAUGAUGUCUUGGCAAAUGCUUCAAGGCCGGAAUAUAUUGGUCCAAUCACGCUCGACAGUUUGACAUUAGGUAACGAAGCUCCGGAUGUCAGUAUCGUGGACGUUGGAGAUGUUUGGGAAGGAUUCUUGCAAAGAGAUGAAGUGAACGGAUCAGCAGCUGCAGGACCUUCAACGAAUAGACCUGCAAAACCUACAUCAAGAAAAGAGAAUGGCGGCGGCAGCGGAAAUUCUCAAUAUUUAGGUGUUCCUUCCCAUAUGCAGCCCCAUCAAAGAGAUUACGCCGGCCAACCGACAGAGGAGAACGUGAGGAGGGAUGGUAAUCUUGCAAGGUUUGCGAAUAAGAACUUGCCUUUUUCUGCCAUGCGCUCGAAUUCUCCAAGUGUGGUAUACGAUGUGGAUACGAUCGAUGGUUUGGACGACGAAAACGAAGGAUACCAAAAUGGCAAACAGUCUAGAGAUCGAAACAGGAAAGGACCAAGGAUACAAGCAUAUCGACAAUAUUCAGAUUCUGGAAAUUAUCAUCGAAUAGAAACAGGAUCAAUGUCAAGCUUUGAUGCUUCUUCCGUUCCGCCAAGUGGAAUGGCAACUCCAAGUCCAUGGGGUGCAGGUCUACCGCACACUGCACAUGGAAGCUACUUCUCUGCAUGGCAGAACGGCUUUCCACCUGGUCUUGGUGCUCCGGCCAAUGCACGUUCUGUUCCGCACAGUAGAAGAGCAUCAUGGCAAAGACAAUCAUCAGCAUCGGCAAUGUCAAUGGCAAAGAUACGGCAUGGAUCACCUUCAGGGAUAUCAAGCAUACCGCCAAAUUAUCAUCAGUCGAUUUGGCCACCAGGCGAUUCGAUUCAAUCUCCUGUUCAUGAGGAACCUGCCAGCUCUGGAAGUUCACUGCCCUCUCUACAACUUCAGCUUUCACUCCACUGGAUCACGCAGUCGUUACGUCUCACACUAAACACAUCUUUAGUCAUCAAUCAUCCAAGCCCAGCUUUCAUGAGUCUGCCAUUGACUUUGACGAUCACUGGUGUUUCCAUUGCUUCUGGUGGUCUACUGGCUUUCGAGGUUGACCCGGCAACUAAUGUUCGAAGGUGCCACUUUUGUCUGCUAGAGGAAGACGAGCAAGAGCUAGAUCAAGAAGAGGAUGAUGGCGGAAACACAAAUGCAGCAAACGUGAUGGGAAAGCCGUCUCAUCCAUUCACGAACAACGGCCAAGAAACCGUUCUCACGCCCGGUGAACGAAUCUUGUACAACCUCACAUUGGAGACCAGCGUUGGUCAGGCAGAGAAGCAUGUUUUGAAGAAUGUUGCAAAAGUUGAACGAUUUGUCGUAUCUCUAGUACGCAAAGCUAUCGGAGAAGAACUUGUGUUUCCAAACUUCUACAGUAUCGAACUACCCUGAACAAAUCCUAGGCUACUAUACCCAAUCCUAUCGCACAUCUGCAUCAUGCCUGAUUG